CAGAAUGCCCUUGCCUCAGUGCUGUGAGCCGGGAGAGGCAGAGAGGAAGGAGAGUGAAGCAGAGGCAGGUGCAGAGGGUAGAGAAGAGAGCUUAGAUUGGAAUAGAAACACAGUGCCAAAAAGCAAAGACAAUCAGGGAAAAGUGUUUUAAAAGAUCAAAUUAAAGAGCAGGAAAUAGUCACAUUGAAACUUUUUUUUUUCCUAAGCUGGAGCCCACUCAUUUUCCUGUUUCAGCCAACCAUCACUGAGCUCUUUACUCUCCUCUUGUACGGAUCCUCCUCUCCUCCUCUUUGCCUUGUCCUCCUCUCCAACAGACAGUGCCACCAUGGAAACUGGGAGCCCCAGGAAGAUACAGUUCACGGUCCCCCUCCUGGACACCCACCUCGACCCAGAGGCAGCUGAACAGAUCAGAAGACGUAGACCCACUCCUGCUACUUUAGUGGCGUCCAGUGACCAGUCCUCACCUGAAAUAGAUGAAGAUCGUCUCCCAAACCAGCUGUACAAGGCCGCCUUGUUGAACUCCCCUCGACAACGACGAAAAGGGCAAAAGGGAACUCCGACGAUGAAAGAGCUGCAGUUCAUGGUAGAGCACCACCUGUACAGGCAGCAGCAGGGAGCCGGAGACGAGUGCUCCUCAGAGAGCUGCCUAUCAGACCGGCCAAGCCCCGACUCCAUGCCCGCCGGGGAGGAGCUCCCGCACGACAACGAAGCCACUUCGGAGGCCUUUGAGAAACUGCGCUGCCAAAUGGAGGGUAUGUUUGGAGACAAAUUCUCCAGGGAGAGUCUAUUAGAGGCUGCAGGUGGAUUCGAGUGCCCCCUCUCCAAGGAGAAAGAGGAUUGUUCCAGCGUUGCCAGUGUAGUAGAUCCCUCAUCGCAACAAAACAACACACAAGCAGGGACAAAAGCUGCAGCAUCCAGUGCGAGUCAGCCGGCUGAGGAAAAGACAAAGAAAUGCAGCCUGGAGAAAGAGAAAUAGAGUUUUUCCUCUGUAAGACAAAAUGCUGCUCCAUCUGCUCAGCCAGCCCAACACAAUGACAGAAGAUUGUGUGUGCAGAUCCACGUGUUAGAAACAUCAGGGCAUAUAAACAUAUAUAUCCCUCUACAGUCAGGCCUUAGUUACCAACUCGACAACAAGAACAAAGGUUUCUUUUUUUAUUUCGUGUCAAAGGGACAAUUCCAUUCAUUUUCUGUUGCUUCCCCUGUACUCCACUACAACCCACUGUAUGUAUGAACCAGACUGGGAGUUAAUAUCUAGUUAAUGGGACAGUCCUUUUCUGUCUCAGUCACACAGUCAUUAUUAUUCACUACCGCAGCUCACAUGCUAUCACGUGCCAUUCUUUUACAAAUUUUAUUUUCAUCUAAGCAAU